AUGUUUCUCAACCGCCCUGUUCGAAACUCAACGCCCAGGAACAUAUCUCGAUUAAUCCCCUCAGUAUCAGCCGUCCAGAGGCGCCGAUUUACAGAUGCAGCAUCUCACUCAACCAACAAGAUCCAAGUCUACACUUCAAGCUCCCGAGAUCCCUUUCUCAACCUCUCUGUUGAGCAUCAUCUCCUCCAGAAGACACCACCAGACUCAACCAUCCUCUUCCUUUACACUAACGACCCCUGCAUUGUCUUUGGGCGCAACCAGAACCCAUGGAUGGAAGUAAACCUCGCACGACUCGCUCAGUUCCGCGAAGAUCCUGCAAGUGUAGGAUGGAGUGGCGGACCGGUGCAGCUUGUCCGUCGCCGUUCGGGAGGCGGAGCUGUCUUCCAUGAUGAAGGAAAUGUCAACUUCAGCGUCAUCUGCCCUCCAGCAGUAUUUGAUCGAAACAAGCAUGCAGAGAUGGUAGUGAGGGCACUCUCCUCGCUUGGAAAGCCAAAUACUCGUGUCAAUGAGCGACAUGAUAUUGUUAUGGAUAUCCCUGAUGACCCCAUCGGCACUUACAAGAUCUCAGGGUCCGCUUAUAAACUCACUCGCCUUCGCUCUCUUCACCACGGAACCUGUCUUCUCCGAAGUCCAAACCUAAAGAACAUUUCUGGUAUGCUGCGCUCACCCGCCGAGCCUUUCAUCAAGACUCGCGGUGUCGACAGCGUUCGUAGCCCCGUUCGCAAUGUAGGCCUCGAGAACGCUGAUUUUGAGGCUGCCGUUGUUGAGCAGUUUGCUCGUAUGUAUGGCGACUUCCAAGUUCAGGAGAAUAUCGGCGACGAGGUGCUUGAGAAGGAAAUAAUCAGUAAGGGGUACAGUGAACUACAGUCUCGUGAUUGGAUCUAUGGCCAGACGCCUAGGUUCACCUUCUCAACCUUUCCGUAUGCCGAAGAUCCUCGAGAGCGUCCACAACUUGACUUUGAUGCAAGUAGCAGCCUGACGAAGCUUCGCUUCGAAGCCAGGCACGGCCUUGUUGAAAAGUUCAUGGCUGAAGGUGCCUCAUCUCCCGCUCCCGAGGAUAGCCUACCAGCACUCGUGUCGUCAUCCAUCUACAACGUCUCGAGCUGGAGCGAACGGCUUUCCCAGGCUGGUAUAGACAGCGACGGUGCGGCAAAGGUUGGUCCAUGGAUGGACGAUGUCUUGGGGGUUGAGUUCACGAAACCCACCCAGUAA